AUGCCUCGGGACACUGUUGCUAGUGCUGAAUCACCGAGAAGACGGACAGGUCUACUAAGAGAUCAGGUCCAAUUGGUUAAGAGAAAAGAUUCUGUUAGGUAUGAGAUUGUUCCCAUCCAAGAUCCUUUGUCCUUUGAGAAGGGGUUUUUCGCAGUUGUUCGUGCAUGCCAGUUAUUGGCUCAGAAGAAUGAAGGCAUGAUAUUAGUUGGGAUAGCAGGUCCCUCCGGGGCUGGAAAGACAGUGCUUACAGAAAAGAUCUUGAACUUUAUGCCCAGCAUUGCUAUUAUAAAUAUGGAUAAUUACAAUGAUGCAAGCCGCAUUAUUGAUGGCAACUAUGACGACCCGCGCUUAACAGAUUAUGACACUCUGCUAGAGAAUAUCCAUGAUCUGAAAGCAGGAAGUGCAGUCCAAAUUCCCAUUUACGAUUUUAAAUCCAGCUCCCGUGUUGGCUACAGCAGGACACUGGAAGUUCCAUCUUCUAGAAUUGUUAUUAUCGAAGGAAUAUAUGCCUUGAGUGAAAAAUUAAGGCCCUUGCUAGAUCUUCGUGUAUCUGUGACUGGAGGUGUGCACUUUGACCUUGUUAAACGUGUUAUGAGAGACAUUCAACGUGCUGGACAAGAGCCUGAAGAGAUAAUUCAUCAGAUAUCAGAAACGGUGUAUCCCAUGUAUAAAGCUUUUAUAGAACCAGAUCUACAAACAGCACAUAUAAAAAUAAUUAACAAGUUUAAUCCAUUCACUGGAUUUCAAAAUCCCACAUAUAUAUUAAAGUCAACAAGGCUAGUGACAGCUGAUCAAAUUAAAGCUGUUCUUUCUGAAGAUUAUGAUGAAACUACUGAGCAAACUUAUGAUAUUUAUCUUCUCCCGCCUGGUGAGGAUCCUGAAGCAUGCCAAUCUUAUUUAAGGAUGAGGAACAGGGACGGCAAGUACAGUCUUAUGUUUGAGGAAUGGGUGACCGAUAGCCCUUUCAUCAUAUCACCGAGAAUUACUUUUGAGGUCAGUGUACGUCUUCUGGGUGGGCUAAUGGCACUUGGGUAUACAAUUGCAUCCAUCCUCAAAAGAAGUAGUCACGUCUUCUCCAAUGACAAAAUUUGUGUAAAAACUGAUUGGCUGGAGCAACUUAAUCGUAACUAUGUCCAGGUACAAGGGAGAGAUCGUUUAUAUGUCAAAUUUAUUGCUGGGGAGUUGGGUCUGGAUGGUUCCUAUGUUCCACGCACAUACAUAGAACAAAUUCAAUUGGAGAAACUCAUAAAUGAUGUUAUGGCUUUGCCUGAUGACUUGAAGGCGAAACUCAGUAUAGAUGAUGAUUUGGUUUCAAGUCCUAAAGAAGCUCUAUCCAGAGCCUCAGCAGAUAGGAGAAUGAAGUUCCUCAAUCGUGGGAUUUCUCAGUCCUACGCAACACAGCGUGAUAAAAGUAUGAGCAAGCUGACAAAACUUGCUGUAAACAAUAGAAGUUACAAUGUAAGAACCCCAGAUUCACCAGCUGCACUUGCUAACCAGGGUAUGGUUACCCAGCUAUCUGAACAAAUAUCUACACUCAAUGAGCGAAUGGAUGAGUUCACAUCACGAAUCGAAGACCUAAACUCGAAGUUUCUAACAAAGAAUUUCUCCCAACAAAAUUUGGGAGGUGUACAAAAUGAAGCCUGCGUUUCUCUUCUACCGAAUUCCUCUUCAUCUUCGCAAUUGGCGAGGGAAUCUCCUGUCAUGGAAGAGGUGUUAUUUAUUGCUCGUGCACAACGUCAAAUCUUGCAUCAGAUUGACAAUCUGAGCAGUCUCCUCCAUGAGUGCUAUGGGGAAAGAUCUCGUCAAGAUGAAACGAAUCGGAGGGGUGGGUUAUCAGACGUGACCAUUCCCUUGCUUCUCUCGUUGGCUGUUGCUGGAGGCUGUGAGAGGAAAAAAGGGAAGAGGUGGUGGUUUCAGCGGAAAAGAAGAGAUGGCACGGGAGAGGUGGUGGUUUCAACGGUGGAAGAGGUGGUGGUUUUGGCAGAAGGGGAGACAGUGCCAUGA